GUUAGAUAAAUUUGACAAACAAUAUAAAAAGUUUCACAAGGAUGACCAAAAAGAGGCUCGGGGGGCAGGGGGCAAUGGAAGUGGGGAAAAACCGUACAACAGCCAUGCUUUACACUACUGUCGUAAAACGUGUAUGAAUGCCGUUGCAAUGGCGUUUGCUGCGACGGCACUUUGCGGCAGCAGGGAAAUCGAGGAGAAAGCAGCGACAACCAUCGCCAGCGGAAACGUUAUCGCCCCAGAAAACCCUGGAUUUAUGCAAUAUUCGAUUAACUAGCUCGUACAUUGGUUGUAUAUGCCUUCGCCUUGUGGAUGAAAUUGUGUUCAACGUUUUCCAAGUGUCAAUCACCACCUUAAUGCAGUGGGAUGGCCACAGUGCCGCCUGGGCCUAGUAGCGCACUGCCUGCAUCCCCGGCUGAAAUUCCUCUUUUCCCCGCGGCUGGGAGCGCGGAACCGGCGGUGGAAGACGGCGUGCCGGCGUGCCACGGGGAGCAGUGUGUGCCUGCCGGUACAGGGACGAAGUCUCAGUCGGUAAACGAAGUCAAAAGGUCGGUCAAGAAGAAGCAGAAAAACAUGCUAGCGCGAGCUAGCCCGGCGGCGCUUCACCUCAAAAUGCAAGCCCGAGAGCAGCAACAGUUGAACGGCUUGGCAAGCCCCUCAGAGGACCCUGACAGUCACCAGCACGUAGGAAACCGGCCUGACAAUCCCAGAUCGUCCGUAGACAACUGUGACAACAGCAUUGGCAGCAACGAGGAGGCUCCUGCCGCUAGGAACAAUAGUGAGCACUGCCAACACGAAGGCCACAGCCCCUGUUCCAAAAACGGCAGUCACUCUCCUCAUGGUAACAAUAGCGUGAACGGGAUGCCGGGUUUCACUACAGCUGAGGCGGCCUGCGAAGCGGGAAAAGAGUUGGACCACACGCCGCCCUCUAGACCUUCGAGUGACGAGCAGCCGGACGCUGCUGGGCCCGGCGGUGAGGAGAGCCAGGCUGACCUGCAGCAGCCGCCGGCCGAGGAGCUCGCCCGGCUCGACUUGAGCGAUUCCCCCGGGGAUAACCACGGCAUCCGCUAUGUCCGCUACGAGUCUGAACUUCAGAUGCCGUGGAUCAUGAGACUGAUCACCAAGGACUUAUCUGAACCUUAUUCAAUUUACACGUACAGGUACUUCAUCCACAACUGGCCGCAGCUCUGCUUUCUGGCCAUGGUGGAGCAGGAGUGUGUCGGAGCCAUUGUAUGUAAGCUUGACAUGCAUAAGAAGAUGUUUCGUCGAGGCUACAUUGCCAUGCUGGCCGUGGAUUCGAAACACAGAAGGAAAAGCAUCGGUACUAAUCUGGUGAAAAAGGCCAUCUAUGCCAUGGUGGAGGGCGACUGCGACGAGGUUGUUUUGGAGACUGAGAUCACCAACAAAUCAGCCCUGAAGCUCUACGAAAACUUGGGUUUUGUCAGAGACAAGCGGCUCUUCAGAUACUACCUGAACGGAGUGGACGCGCUGCGGCUCAAACUGUGGCUCCGCUAGCAGAAAACAGAAGGGAUGGGAGGAGGACGGGACAGCAGGUGCUGUUCACCUCGAACACUUAUCAGCUUGACGGCCUCAGCUCUGCCCUGGUCAUUUCACUCUUAUAGUCACACAUACAGACACCUACACACACACACACUUACACAUAUACCUGUGUCCAAGGAGUAUGCACAUAAGUAUGCAUAAAACAAGCAGACACACCCUCCUUUUAUCCUUGACCUCUGAACAAGCGUUUAGGCAGAAAUGGACUGAAAUCCCACCAGGUGUUACACGACGGGGGGGUCUCCCGCUGCCUUCUGUGACAAGGGCGGGGCGAGUGAGGGUGACCUCAUUGAAUGGGGGACAUUGCAACCUUGGAAGCUCGGGGGCGCCUGUUCGACCAGGUGUGAGGCAGCUCAAGUGAGGAUGUGCAUCCAGACUCCACCCCCUACAAAAAAAUAACAAAACAAAAAGGACAAGGCACCACACCAAAAUCCUGCAGAACCUGGGACAAAGCAGACUUUUAAAAAACACAAGGAAAAAACUUUAAAAAAAAAAAAAAUCAUCACCACAUGAAACAAGGAAGUGGAGCGGUAAACACAGACUGGGAAGAUAUUUGUGGAGUUCAUUUUUGUUUUGUUUUCUCUUUUUUUAACCUUAUAUGUUGGGCAGGGGGACGGAAAAAGCUAUAGUUUGUGUGUUUGUACCGCCUGGUGUUUUUCAGAAAGCAAGUGGCUUUUGUUUUUUGUUUUUGUCAUUUGCCGUUGGUUUCACUGUGAGCGAGUGAAGAACACGUUUGUAUGACUGCGCGUGCUUGGUAUGUUUUUGUCUCCCCAUCCUGUCCAGCAGGUGCAGCACCCCCUCCCCCGUUGCUGCUGCUGCUGCCGCUGCUUCCAUCACCUGCCUCAGCCCCCAGGACUGAAGCCUGUAAAGAUAUGCAUGCUUUUUGUUUCAAUGUGAGUGCGGGAAUAAGAGCUUGUCGACUAACUCAGACUGAGGCCAAUCCCCAACUCCCUCUCCAAGAAGCCCAUCCUGUGUUUGUGUACGCAUGUUGGCGCAGAGCAGCUGAUUGAAACAAAUCACUCCAUUAGCACCUCAAGCUUUGCCCGACUCGUGGACCGUUUUAAGCUUCGGUGUCUUCAUCGUCAAACCUAGACAGGACGUGGGUGAGGAGUUUUUUUUCUGUUUGCUUGUUUUUUUGCAGAUCAUAACUUAUUUUUUCUCCCCAAAUGCACUGACAGCUACUGGAAAAUCCCCCCCCCUCUCAAAACAAAAAGGAGAAUACAGCAUGUUUAAAAGAGACUCCUCACCAAUGAUGGUGUGGUCCGACCUCUCCUCUCCUACUAAUUUGCAAUAUUAGCCUGAAUCUCCUCGUCGUGAGUGCCACUCAAACCUAUCAGCGCCGACAGCCGCGGCCACAGCGAUCUGCCCGCUGAGUGGGCAAACCUCUGCAGCCGCUUCCGGUCCACCAAAGCGCGAGAUCCGAGACAAAGUGUUACGUAUGCUGGAUUCCUGUAUGAGUGUGCUGUGUGCGUGCAAUUUAAAUUAAAAAAAAAAAAAAAAAAAAAAAGCGAAAAAUUGAGAAGUAUUCUUACCAGAUUAUAUUUUAUUCUUUUGUUCACUUUAACUUUGUUUCCAUUUGUCUACUUGACACCUGUAUAACCUCAUGCCGCUCUCAAGCGGCCGAGUCCACAAUGCACUUCCCGGGCGCGUUAACCCGACGCACCGCCAACCUCGCUAUAACAUUCUAAGAUCUCCUUUCCUGCGAACGGAUGUGCCCGGGCAGUCCGACGACACACUAAAGCGGCAAAGAAAGCUCGCUUGAACAAAGGUCAGAUGCACUUCUUUGGAAAUUUGCUGCAGUGUGUAUGCGUGAGUAUGAAUGUGUGUCUCCUGCUGUUUUUGACAAUGGUAUGGAUCAUGUUCUGUUAGACCUUUACAUCUCUACUUUCAGAGUCCCCCACCCCACCCUGUCCCUGCCCCGUACAGGAAAAUCGAGCCUCUAAAAGGUGCUGCCAUUUUGUUCUGGCCUUAUAAGGACAACAAGAACUCCUUGUUAGAUACAGGAAGGAACAAAAAAAAGUGGACCUUUAUUUUUCAGGAGUAGGGUUAGUGCUUGGUGUUGUAGCGAAGGCAGAAAGACGGAUUGCAGUGGUUGUUGAUGGGCGAAAAAACCUCUUUUUUUUCACAGGUUGCAAAUGCAAGAACAAAUUAUGCAAUUGGGCAUCUGUGUGCUUUUUCUCCACAAUAUUGAAAGUAGAAAGCACCACAGCGGGCUGCCAUGUGGCACUAUUUCAAUUCUUUCUUUCUUUUAAAAUCUGCUGCACCAGAACAGACACAUGCUUUCAGCAAACAUUCACAGGGAGUUUUAAUGUAUUAGGGUUUAUUCCCCCUUUUUCAACCACUGAGCUGAGCUGGUACACCCCCAGGAGCCGAGGACUGGAAGGGAGAGUAGAUGUUUACAGAGUCGCCACCCACAUAAUGGUCUGUCUAUGUAAGUUUGUGUCUGUAUGCAUUUGGAACAAUGGACAACUUUUGUUUUUUCAGAUUUGUAUACGAGUGUUCUUUACGUUGAAUAUAUUGAAAGCAUGUUUUUUUUUGUUUUUUGGUCAUCUGUUGGGUUUGGGGCGAAUUGUGUUGAUUUAUCAGAUUUGAUUUUUAUCUUUAAUUUCUGUGCUACUUUAACCCCAUCCAGAGAUGAUGUGAAAGUACAAAAACAAUCUAUAGAUCCCCGAACGCCAACUAUUACCUUUGCUGCUCAUCAGACACUGUUUAGAUUUUUAUCAAACUACUUGUGGUUUACUCUGGAGGUCCCACCCAUCUUCCUCAUUCAAACAGAGGUGUUUUCAGUUUUGAAGGAACUGGGUCUCUUUGCCUCAGUCAUGCCAAACUGUCGCGGUUCCAUUAGGGUAUAUAUGGGCAUUACAGCCUGCCACAGUGGCUGUGUUCAGAUCACGCUCACAGACCGAAGGGCUUCGUCAUCAAUAAUCAGUUUGGAGCUGUGCCUUGUGGCGUUGCAUCCAUUACCCAGUUUUCUCUCAGAGACUCAGUUUUGCCCUGAAAUGACAUCAGAAACAGUUGUUUUUUUUCCCCCUCCCCUCAUCCUGAUCAUCCACUGUGCUGUCAUGACCUCGGGUGACUGAAAUCCUAAAUUUAUAACCCUUAAUUUCUCAGUUGAUGUAAGUUCAUUGAUCAGAUAAUUAUUAUUAGCAUUUGUUUUGGCAGUCGAUGUGUGACACAAAACCACACAAGCGAGCAGCUGGUCCACAGGGGCUUUCUGCAGCCUUUCUACCAUCUACGAAGUGUGAAAAGAGGAGAGCAAAAGUUUUGUUUUUCUUUUCUUUGCAUGUCUGUUUUUCUCUGUUCCUCUUCCUGUCCCCUCUUGAUUUAUUUUUGAUCCGGAAAUGUCCAAUAGCUUUUAUUUAAUGUGGAAAAAGAACACAGAAAUAAAUUAUUAGAUUUUUUUUCUUUUCUUUUUUUUAAUGCUGUAAAACUGGGUUGUCUUGUCUGCUGUCUGAAGCGGCUGUAUCUGUGUGUCAAAAAAAAGAAGUCACAAUCAGACAUCAAAAA